AUGUCAUUAUUUGUCUUUGACCUGGUCACUGGAGGAGAGCUGUUUGAGGACAUUGUUGCCAGAGAGUAUUACAGCGAGGCAGAUGCCAGCCACUGCAUCAAUCAGAUCCUGGAGAGCGUCAGCCACAUCCACCAGCAUGACAUUGUGCACAGGGACCUCAAGCCAGAGAACCUGCUCCUGGCCAGUAAGAUGAAGGGAGCGGCGGUGAAGCUGGCAGACUUCGGUCUUGCCAUCGAGGUUCAGGCGGAGCAACAGGCAUGGUUUGGCUUUGCAGGAACUCCGGGGUAUUUGUCCCCAGAGGUGUUGAGAAAGGACCCGUACGGCAAGCCAGUGGACAUCUGGGCCUGUGGUGUGAUCCUGUACAUCUUGUUGGUGGGAUAUCCUCCCUUCUGGGACGAGGACCAACACAAACUGUACCAACAAAUCAAGGCCGGAGCGUAUGACUUUCCCUCUCCAGAGUGGGACACAGUGACCCCAGAGGCCAAGAACCUGAUCAAUCAGAUGUUGACCAUUAACCCCGCCAAGAGGAUCACCGCCGACCAGGCCAUCAAUCACCCCUGGGUCUGCCAACGCUCCACCGUGGCCUCCAUGAUUCACCGUCAAGAGACUGUGGAGUGUCUGCGCAAGUUCAACGCCAGGAGGAAACUGAAAGGAGCGAUCCUCACAACAAUGCUGGUGUCCAGGAACUUUUCAGUGGGACGGCAGCAUACCAGCCCUGCCGCUACUACCAGCACGGCCGCAAUGGCACAGGAAGCGUGCAAAUCCUUACUAAACAAAAAGACGGACGGUGUGAAGUCGCAGGGGACCAACAGUAAAAACAGUGUAGUAAGCAGCAGCAGCACCAAAGACAGCAGCAUGUCAUCUACAGCACCAAUGGAAGCCCAGACAACUGUUGUACACAACCCAGCUGACGGCACCAAGGGCUCCACAGAGAGCUGCAACAACACAGAAGAGGAGGAGAUGAAAGGUAGGAAAGUGUCUGCCUGCGAGUCCUCUACUUCAAGCAGUGUGACGUUAAGCCAGUGCAGCACUCUUGAGGACCGGAGCCUGUUACUGCAGUACCCCGCAGCACCCAGCUCUCGUAAACAGGAGAUAAUAAAGAUGACGGAGCAGCUGAUUGAAGCCAUCAACAAUGGAGAUUUUGAGGCUUACACGAGAAUCUGUGACCCUGGACUGACUUCCUUUGAACCGGAGGCUCUUGGAAACCUGGUGGAGGGCAUGGACUUUCACAAGUUCUACUUUGAGAAUCUGCUGAGUAAAAACAGCAAGCCCGUGCACACCACCAUCCUGAACCCCCACGUGCACCUGAUCGGGGAGGAGGCCGCCUGCAUCGCCUACAUCCGCCUCACGCAGUUCAUGGACGCUCAGGGCCGGCCGCGCUCCUGCCAGUCGGAGGAGACGCGGGUCUGGCACCGCCGCGACGCCAAGUGGCUCAACGUGCACUUCCACUGCUCCGGAGCGCCAGCUGCCCCGCUGCAGUGAGCCCACACCAGGCCCAGCUUUGCCUGAAACUCUAAAGCUGUUUGGAGCGUUUUAUUCUCCACGGUCGGAUUUGUGCCUGGAUCCUGGCGGGGAAGAGAGGCAGCUUGGAGAGGUGUAAAAUCACAAAAGUGGGGAAAAAGGGUGAUAUAUUAAAAA